AUGGUGGUGGCUGCGGUGGGGGAGAAGAAGCACAACGGCACCAAUGGGAUGCUGUUCCUUGGCGCCUGGAAGCAGCUCCUGAACGGGGUGGCAGCGGCCCGGUGGGCGGCAGUUGCUCUCAAGAGCCUGCCAGCUGCUCCCGGGGUUCAGACUCUGAGGGGGUCAAAGGCGGCCUUUGCGGAAACAAAACAGGCUGCCCAUUGGAUGCCCUGCCAGGCGUUGCGUCUGUGCUGCAAAGACGCCUGCGUCUCCAUCCCUCUGGAGCCACCGUGUGGAAUCCUCCGGUCCCUUUUGGCAGCUUGGCAACUGGCAGGCCUGCCUGCCUGGCAACGGUCACCAAGGCUCUGUGUGCUGGGGCUGGAUCCCCCCCCUUACCCAGCUCUGAGCAGCGCACGGGAGGUCCACCUGCCCCCCGGACCCCUGCACCGUGUGGUGGGCACCUCCGUCUCUAUUCCCUGCAACGUGUCCGAGUACGAGGGACCCACCCUGCAGCAUUUUGAGUGGUUUCUGUACCGCCCAUCAGCUCCGGACAUCUCCAUUGGGGUGGUCAGCACCAAAGACCCCAACUUCCCAUAUGCCAUCUUUGGGCCACGGGUACAGGCAGGGGAGGUGUCCAUCCAGCGAGUGCGGGGGGAUGCCGUGGAGCUGCGCAUCAAGGAGAUCCGUGCAGAAGAUGCCGGGAUCUAUGAAUGCUACACCCCCUCCACUGACUCCAAAUACCUCGGCACCUACAGCAGCAAGGUGGAAGUCAAAGUUCUGCCCGACAAGCUCUCUGUUUCAGCUGCCCCUCCCUCCGUGGAAAAGCCUGCCCUCCGGAGCCGUGGGGCUGUCGUCGCCUCCCCGCCGCUGCCGCAGAUGACCCUUUCAGAGAGCCAAGAGCUCCGGCUGACCUGCACGGCCCUGACCGAGACCCAGGAGCACACCCACCUCUCUGUCUCCUUUGGCUUUUCUGGGCCUGAGGCCCCCGGGGGCCACGGGACGGUGCAGGAGGUGAUUGGGGUGCGGAGAGAUUUUGCCGUGGAGGCCGGCCGGCGCUUCGCAGAGCGGCACAGAGCCGAAGAGGUGUCGCUCACCAAGCUGGGCCACCAGCAGUAUCAGAUGGCUCUGGGCUGGCUGAGGCCAGAAGACGCGGGGGUGUACCACUGCACGGUGGGCGAAUGGAUCCAGGAUCCCGACGGCAGCUGGCAACGGAUCGCUGAGAAGCAGGUGGCUCUCGCCCAGGUGAUGGUCCUGACCAUCGCUAGUCAGCUGUCGGUGUCGGCGAGUCCUUCCCAGGUCCGGGUCAGCUCCGGAGAACCCCUGGAGCUUCUUUGCAACACUUCGGGCAUCCCAGUUUCCUCUUUGCCCCACGUUGCCUACGUGGUGGGCUGGGAACUCAGCAAGGGAGGUGCCACGGAGGGCCGCCUGGUGGCCCAGCUGGACGCAGACGGAGUGGUUGUCUUGGGGGACAGCUAUGCCAACCACGAUGUGGGCCAACGGCACGUGUCCCUGCAGAAGCUGGGCUCGCCCCCUGGCUCCUACCGGCUGCGGAUUGAGUCUGCCCAGCCAGGGGAUGUGGGCACCUACUCGUGUGUGGUACGGGCUUAUGUCCUUUCCCCAAGAGCGGAGCUGCGCCCAGUGGCCACCGGCAGAUCGCAAGGGCUGGCAGUGGACAUGAAGUCGGAAGCGGUGGUGUUGGAUGCCAGUGCGUGGCUCUCGUCCCCCACCAUCUACCGGGGGGACACAGCCGAGGUGCGCUGCAACAUCUCCGUGGAAUCGACGCAGGCUGUCCACGUGGCUCUCAGCUGGUGGGUGGAGCUGGCCCGGGAGGACUCGGAGGCGCGUGGGCACAUGCUGGCCUCGGUGAGCCGUGAGGGGGUGGCCGUCCUUGGGCGCCGUCCGUCCGGUGGCGCUGUGAGCGUGGAGAAGGUGGGAUCGCUGAGCCACCAGCUGCGCAUCCACGAGGUCCAGCCGUCGGACGAGGGGAAGUACCACUGUGCCCUGACGGCCUGGGUGCGCUCUUCGGACCUCAGCUGGUACAAUGCCGGAGCCGUGAAGUCCAAUCCUGUCACCAUCUACCCCUACGCUCUACCCAUGGACACCUUGUUCAUUCCGCUCCUGGCAGGGAUCUCCAGUGCCCUCUUCAUGGGCAUCACAGUCCUGACCUCCGUCACCUGCUGCUUCAUGAAGAGGCUCCGCAAGAGGUGA